GGGAAGAAAAAGAAAUCGAAUGAUGAGUGUUUUUGUUUGCACUUAGGGGAUCGAACUAAGGUGAGAACAAGGAAGGGAAAGAUCGAAACAAGCGAGAAGAAUUGAAAUAGCAAAUCCAUUUUAAUUAAUGGUCUUGAUGAUCAUUAAAGGAAUAUUUAGGAGAUAUGAGAAAUGGAAUCCUGUUCAUCCUACUUAUGGAGCUUUUUGGGGUAUGGGGAUUGGGAUUGGUUGUGGUGUCGGAUGGGGACCUGGUUUUGGCCCUGAGGUCAUUGGUUAUGUAGGUGCAGGCUGCGGUGUUGGUUUUAGUGUUGGCAUUACACUUGCUGGUCUUGGCAUUGGUCUCCCCACAAAUCUUCUUCUUGCAACUCCUUAUAACACUGUGGAAGCAACUAGAAAGGGCGCUUUCAAGUUCUUUGGUAAAAAUCUCUCAACCUAUGAUUUCAUGCCUCAAGUUGGGGAGUUGCAGAGACAAGUCAGUGAGAUGUGCUCUGGUUUUAACAAAAAGCCUCACAUAGAUUAUAAGUUUGACAUAAAAAGUUUUCCUUUGUUCAUUUCACAUGAUUGUGGAAAAUUUGGGAGACAUCUUCUCCAUGUGCGCAAAGGUUCGGAGGGCAACAAAUCACCACGAGGAUCUUAAGCAUCUGAGACACACACUUCUAGAUUGUUACUAUGAUUGGCAUAUGUGAAUGUGACUGUGAAAUAUUCAGCACAAAUCAGAACCAAAUCUGAAGCACUUGUGUCUUACAAUUACAGAGAUAUGAAUAAGAGGUUAGGGAUUUGACUCAUAGACAGUUCAGAGUAGUUGUUUCACAAAAGGAUAAAAAAAGACCAGAAGUGUAGUUAAUGUUACACCACAGGUUUAUGCUUUGCCCUUAAUCAAAUAAAUUUUUUUCUC